GAGACCAACAGAGACGGAGCGACCCGCAGCCAGCCAGUCCACUCACUUAUGUCCUGAUCGUGCGCACAAACGCAGCGACUACACACCUCUCUGAACUCCUCUCCCCUUCAGCGUUAAGCUCACUGUUCAGCGCUCGCAACAUCUGGAGAUAGAUCGACAAAGCUGCCCACAGCUGCUUGUUUCUCCACUUUUUCUCUCUUUCCUGCGCGACCGGGAGAAAGUGCCGCGCGUCCUGUGAUCAGAAGUUGUUGGCGAAGAAGGAGAGUUUUUUUUUUGACGGUGAAAACACUCGCGCCUUUAGUCCAAGGACCACCAACAAGGAGGUGAAUGGACCUCCACCGCCCUUUCAAGAUGGACAGCCCCUCCUACCUGCCAGCUCCUCUGGCCUCCCCUGCCCUCAUGGUCCUCGCCUCCACGGCUGAGGCCGGCCGAGAUGCCUCCGUCCCCUGCCAGGCGUCCCGGCCCUUUGGUGUCCCUGUCUCGGUGGAGAAAGAACUCCACCUCCCUUUCCCCUCUGCCUCUUACACCUUCACCUCCAUGUACCAGCGUCAGGGCCCCAUGUCAGGCACCUUCCCCUCCCGAGACUUCCCAACCUCCCUGCUCCACCUGCAUCCACAAUUCACCCCACCAAAUCUGGACUGCUCCACUCUAAGCAUGCUCAACCACAGUGGGGUCGGCGCCUUUCGACCUUUCUCCUCCCCACAAGAAGAGAGGGAGUCUGGGGUCUACCAUUCCGCUUUCACCCCAGCCAAGAGGCUGAAAAGCUGCUUCCCGGACGUGGAGGGGAAGGAGUUUGACUUUGGCUCUCCUGGAGGAUCCCUGAAAGGUGGGGAGGACUCAGGGAGGAAGCUUUUCUCCAUGUCUGGCCUGCUGUCUGACGGAGAGGCUUCAUCAAGUCCAGAGGAGCAAAAGGAACACAGUAAGGUGAAGGCUCUUUACGACGCUCAGGCCCCUAUGUGUCCCGUCUGCCAGGCUGUUCUGAGACCAGGAGAGCUGCAGGACCACAUGGAGCAGGAGCUGAACAAACUCACACAGAUACAGAUCAGUGCCACUUCGAUGCAGCACGACCACCGCUUACGGACACCAAAGUCUUUCUCGCUGUCUCUUCACAUCAAACGUGAAGGUGGCUCUCCAACGUCACCGCCUCGACAGUCUGAGGACGCCCACUCUGACAGAUACCAGACAUUUCUCCGUGUGCGGGCAAACAGACACACCAGACUAAAUGUCGAUGACCUCUGCUGGUGCAGGUGCUACGUCAAAUCUGCCCCCUUACGCCCCCACAGCGCAGGAGCCCACCUAGACUGCACACAAGCUGUCAGGAUUGGAAAGCUGAAGAGGAGGAAACCAGAAGAGGGACAGGAGGGUUCAGCAGAGUUGGUGCCGCUAGAGGACGACUGGAACGAGAAGAGGAGGAUACAGAUGACAUCUUUAGUUGGAGGGUUUAAAGCUGCAGUGCUGGUGAGCACCACUUCCAAAGAGUGCAGAGACAGCGACGCAGACCUGGACGUGGAUGGAGACGAUACUUUGGAGUACGGCAGAGCGCAAUACACAGAGACAGAUGUAAUCCCCUGCUCAGGAGAAAGCUCUAAGGAGACCACAGUGAAAAGCAGCAUUACGUUGUCAGACUCCAGAGUGAACCUACAAUUCUCCAAAUGGCCAAAUGAUGGGUGUCCAUCAACCAGCAGUGGAGAGAAAGUGGACGGCAGUACAGCUGGUCUCCCCAAAGCCUGCAAAAACACUGACAUAGAGACGCUCUCGGAGGAUUCCACGCUGACAACUCUGGAUACGCUUAAAGCUCGGAUACGGGAUUUGGAGAAACAGUUGUCCAAAGGAGACAGAUUUAAAUGCCUCAUCUGCAUGGACACAUACACAACUCCACUCACCUCCAUCCAGUGCUGGCAUGUUCACUGUGAGGAGUGUUGGCUACGAACACUGGGAGCAAAGAAGUUGUGUCCUCAGUGCAACACCAUCACCUCACCUGGAGACCUGAGGCGGGUCUUCCUGUAAUGCAGCCAUUCACUCAAAAAGAGGGGAGGGACUUCUUCUGUUUUGACCAAUCAGGGGUGGACUUGUGGGCAGCUGGCCUGUCAUAGACUAACACCUCCUCUUCCUCCUCCUCCUUUCUUGGUCCGACCUGUUCAUCAAUGUACUCCUAACAACCACUUAUCUCUGACAAUUUGAAGAACAGCUAGUGUGACCUUUGACCCUCCCCCACAUCUAUGUACAAUAACCCAAUUCCUGAAACAUCUAACACCAAUUGAGAGCUCAGGCACUAAAAACAAGAGGAAUAAAUGCUUUGGGAUAAAUAUAGAGAUUUUUUUCUAAUCCUUGUUUCUGUUUUAUGAGGAAAACAAUUCAGUUGAAUCUCAUUCAAAGCACAUGUAUAUAAUUUGUGUAUGUUUGGAUUGGUGUGUGUACAUGUUGACUAUAGCAGAACAACCAGACUGUAUGUACUGUACAGUUUGUCUUGCCUAUGUCAUUUAUUAUUAUUUUUAAUUUAGCUCCUGUAGUUCUGAUACAUUUACAGUUAACUCAUCUCAUUAGGACUCCUUUUGUCUUUAUCUUUUUUGUGUUUCUUUGUAUAGAAUCAUUAAA